ACUAGAGGCGAGGGGGCAAGGGUUUCCGAGGAGGAGCGUUGGAGGUGGGCCUGAAGUGAAAGCACUGAUGAAGGGGGUGUUCUUGAAAGUGGGAGUCAUUCUGGGAUGGGUGGAGAUGCUAUGGGCGGUGAGGGACAUGGCUCUCUGGACCAGAAUGGAGGAAAGAUCCAGAGAAAUGCCCUGAACGGGGGAGGGAGUGGCAGGCUCCAGAAGAUCUUUGGAGAUCUGCAGAGUGUGGAUCCCAGGAUGCUGCUGGUGGCGGGAUGUGAGAAACAUCCCUGGACAGACCUGGGGGGUGCUUAGGUGGAGGACUCAUGCCUUCCUUCUAUCCUUCUUAGCUUCCCUCUGGUCCUCUCUUCCUGUUAUGGGUACUGGGACCACAGUUCCUACUAUGGGCCCCCUCCCUGGGAGCUGUGGGGUGGGGCCAGGCAUUGUGGUGGAGUGAUCUGAAGCUGGGCCUGCCAAGCCUUGCAAGCUGUGGAGCAGAACUGCACAUUGACUGUGAGACUGAGAAGCUGUGGGGAGCCCUGGAGGAGCCACAUGCUGUGUUCUUGGAGUGAGGCGCUGUCCUUGGAGUGCAGCUGGUGGUGACCCUGCUCACUGCCACUCUUAUGCACAGGCUGGCCCCGCACUGCUCCUUUGCACGCUGGCUGCUCUGCAAUGGCAGUCUCUUCAGAUACAAGCACCCUUCAGAGGAAGAGCUUCGGGCCCUGGCGGGGAAGCAGAGGCCCAGAGGCAGGAGGGAGCGGUGGGCCAAUGGCUAUAGUGAAGAGAAGACUUUGUACGUCCCCCGAGAUACCCCUUUCCAGCUUGAGACCUGCCCCCUCACAGCCAUGGAUGCCCUAGUCCUGCACUUCUUCCUGGAAUACCAGUGGUUCGUGGACUUCGCCGUGUACUCAGGUGGCGUGUACCUCUUCACAGAGGCCUACUACUAUGUUUUGGGCCCAGCCAGGGAGACCAACAUUGCUGUGUUUUGGUGUCUACUUACCAUCGCAUUCUCUCUCAAGGUGUUCCUGACAGUGACCCGGCUGUACUUCGGCACUGAGGGGGGUGGCGAGCGCUCCGUCUGCCUCACCUUCGCCUUCCUCUUCCUGCUCCUGGCCAUGCUGGUGCAGGUGGUGCCAGAGGAGACCCUCGAGCUGGGCCUGGAGCCAGGCCUGGCCAGUGUGACCCAGAACUUGGAGCCACUUCUGAAGUCACAGGGCUGGGACUGGGUGCUUCCUCUGGUCAAGCUGGCCAUCCACGUGGGGCUGGCGAUCUUAGGCUCCAUGCUGGGCGCCUUCCUCACCUUCCCAGGCCUGCGGCUGGCCCAGACCCACCGAGAUGCACUGACCAUGUCGGAAGACAGGCCCGUGCUGCAGUUUCUCCUCCACACCAGCUUCCUGUCACCCCUGUUCAUCCUGUGGCUCUGGACCAAGCCCAUUGCACGGAACUUCCUGCGCCAGGCACCCAUAGGGGGCGCACCCGUCUCCCUGCUGUCGGACUCAGCCUUUGACUCACUGCGCCUCUGGGUGUUGGUGGCACUGUGCCUACUGCGGCUGGCAGUGACCCGGCCCCACCUGCAGGCCUACCUGUGCCUGGCCAAGGGCCGCGUGGAGCAGCUGCGGCGGGAGGCUGGCUGCAUCAAGGCCUGCGAGAUCCAGCGGCGGGUGGUACGGGUCUACUGCUACCUGACAGUGGUGAGCCUGCAGUACCUAACGCCAGUCAUCCUCACCCUCAAUUGCACACUUCUGCUCAAGACGCUGGGUGGCUACUCUUGGGGCCUGGGCCCAGCCCUCCCUCUAUCCCCAGUGCUGGCAGCAGCCCAAGAUGGCUCAGUGGGCCCAAAGGAGGACGAGGCCCAGCAGGCAGUGGCCCGGAUCACUGGGGCCCUGGGUGGCCUGCUCACACCCCUCUUCCUCCGUGGCACCCUGGCCUUCCUCAUCUGGUGGACUGCUGCCUGCCAGCUCCUGUCCAGCCUCUUCGGCCUCUACUUCCACCAGCACUUGGCAGGCUCCUAGCCACCUGAAGACACUCCUAGGGCCCUGUCGUUGCCCCCUGUGUGCGUGCCUCCGUAUAUCCAGGUGCAAGUGGGCCUGGGAGUCCCCACUGUGCUCACCUCCUCACUGCAGUGCCUGAGCGGGCCCCUGAAAGCUUCUGUCUCAAAACUACAUCCUAAGGCCGGUGGCAGAGGGCCCCUCAGCCAUUGUUCCUGGAUUGCGUGUGGACAUUCAGGUUUGACAGCAGAGCAAGGGAGCCAUUCCUCUGCAUAACUGUGGGGCGGCAUUUUACAAACAGGGAAGCCAAGGGAGAGAGGGGUGCGUGAGCCUGUGGUGCUGGGCUGGCCACAGUGGCUACUGCCCACUGCCACAGGUGUGUGGGGACUGCUUUCCUAUAAAGGACGCACACGGACCAGUGGGCACAUUAUCGAGGCCAUGGUGACCCAGGGGACAGAGGAUGAGAGGCCUUCUCCGACUCCAGCAUUUUUCCGUCACCAUGGCUGCAGUGGGAUUCCGGUAUGUGUGUGUGUGCAGGCGUGUGUGUGUGUAACAACAUAUGUGUGGCUGAAAAGCCAAAAUUCAACUGAGUAAAUUUUAAUGAUUUUAAUUGGCUUUAUUCAAUGACUCAUGAAUCAGGCAGCAUCUCAUGCUUUUGUUAUGUGGAUAAAUAUGAAAAGUGUAUUAAAAACAAGGGUUAAAACUUGGGUUGAGGCCAAACUAAACACAUCAUCCAAUUCUGAUCCUUCUCAAACCCCUAACUACAGAGGCUUCAGUGUGUUCCAGAAGGUGGAAUUAAGGGAGGAACCACAAUUGACUGCUAAACCCUAAGGCCAGGAAACAGCCUGAUUUACCUGUAGAACCUUCCAGAGGCACUGAAUGCACCAGGUCCUAAGAGGCAAGGCUGAGGGAGCAGGGAGACAGGGAGGCCACUGGCGUGGAAGCUGUUGGAAAGUUCUCAGGUGCGUGUGUCCCUCCCACAACACCAUUGCACAGCCAGGAGGGAAGCCAGGCUGGCAGGGAGUGUGGUAGCAAACAGGGUUAGGCAGCUACACGUACGAAUGCUAAGUGGAAAGUGCUACCAUCCCUCGCCCUGCCCGUGGAAUUCAGAACCUUCCAGACGUGAGACUAAAGAACUCUGGGGAUUCCCACUGGCCCAGGAAGGAUCUAAUGACAGUGGCACCACGGAGUUCCCAUCAGCCACCAGCUUAGCUGUGAGUCCAUGUGUCCCCCACACUCACUUGGUCUUCCACCUGCUCGUCUCAGCCAUAUUCCUCACUGUGAGCAGACAACCAGGAGGACCCAGGGGUCUGAGGAAGUGUCCAGUGUGGGGAACAGACCCAAAGAGAAAAAAAACAAC